AUGGGAAAUGGGCAGGAACCACUGGCCAUUCGGUUUCUCAAAUUUUUUGGCCCCAUUCUUUCACAAAUCUUUGGUCUCGAAAAGAGCUUCCCUCAUUCUGACCCUUUAGCUCUGAUUUACCCUGGAAUUCGAAAUAUGGCUGUCUCUUUGACUCGUUUAUCAUGGUGGUUGUGGGGUGGCAAGGAGAAAGAGCCAGUUUCUGGUGGUUCUCCAUUGAAUUCAUCUUCUGAAUGGGGUUUUAAGGAGAGAGAGACACUGAAGUUUCCUUCGGUGAAGGGAACAAAGAUAGCUCCUUCUCACAGGAAGGGUAAAAGGAAAUGGCAGAGUAGGGAGGAGAGGAGACUUGAUAGAGAGUAUGAUGUUGUGUUGGUGUCAUCUGAUGUUGAAGGAAGUUUGUCAGGUUCUGAAUCUGAUGACUCAGAUUGGUCCAUUGGGUGGUUGGAACCUCAUGGCUCUGAAUUUCUUCAGAGUGAUGAUGAUUUGGACAAUAGUUUUGCUGUACUGGUUCCUUGCUACAGGAAGGAGGUGGAGAGUUCAAGCAAGGAGCUUUUGAGUGCCAUCAAGAACCUUCCAAAUGAAUUUUCUUCUGCAGGCAGAAACUACGUGGAACACUGGCUAGCUUCUCUGCAGAAUUUUGAAGCGUAA